AGGGGGCAGUAAUCACUGGAGGUCGUGUUUAAUUCCAGGCGCUCUUUUACUCUUGUUUGGUGUUGUUCCUCUCAGUCUCAGGAUGCAAAAGUUAACAGAGGAAUAAUAAGCAACGAAACUGGCUCUUAGCAAAGGCUUAUGUAUGUGAAUAUUUUUCAGGGUAGGGAAUUCGGUCGAAUGCUAUAUAAACAUAUCGCUCAAACGGGAGUAUAUCGCACUCGUUAAUGAGAGAAAAGCUCUUAUAUUCAGCAACACGAAGAAAAGUGCAGACAAUAUUAGCUAGCUAGCGAACUAGCAACCAAGCGAACUGUGUGGUCUGUUCAGCUGAACUGUAAAUAAACCCUGUGGUUGUGAAAAUUUCAAGGAUUAUACUUUUUGUGCGACGGAUUGUUUCUUUCUGUUUUUCCAUUUGUUAUUUGUGGACGGAUUAUACACAGAGCUCGUGCCGCCGACAGUACGCCUCGGGCCUGUUGUGCUUCUCUCUAAAAUGCUGUUUAUCCCCCAGUCUUUCAUCUCUGUGUGCUUUAUCACAAAAGUGCACCGCUCUUCGUGUUGAAGUAAUCGGGACCGGGACCCGCCACUCAUGGAAGGCAGACUAUAGUCCGUGCUAUACAUCGCUUACAGCAGCUUAUUUUCACCAAGCUGACCGUCUCUGGAAGAUCUUCUAAACACUGACAUGUUAACAAGCAGACGACUCAAAGCCGCUCAUCUGCUUGCGAGUCAUGUCAAAUUACACUCUUUGUUUGAGGCGUUGGGUCAAGCCUGGUUAAUUGUGUUCUCACAGUUAUUCUGCGUUGGGAGUGUGAUCAACAAUCUCUCCCAGUAGCUGAUCAGCCCGCUUCUCUUGUCCUGCUAUUGACUGAAGUCGCUGAGAUGAACCCGGUAAACGCCACCGCGCUGUACGUGUCGGCGUGUCGCUCUCUUCUGAAGUGCGACCCGAAGGACCCGGAGACGUACGGAGGGCUGUUUAACGUCCUGCCUUUCUUUAGAGACUCCCUAUCCUGCCUGGUGUGUGGAAAUCUGCUUCAGGAGCCACUUGCUCCAAAAAAUUCCUCCUGCCAGCACUGUGUUUGCAAGGGUUGUAAAGGCAAGAAAAUGUUAUUGAAGCCAUCCUGCAGCUGGUGUAAAGACUAUGAGCAAUUUGAGGAGAAUAAUCAGCUCCAGAUUCUGAUCGACUGCUACAGGAGUCUUUGCGAGUGUGUCUCAAUGUGCGUCAUGACAGAGCAGAGUGCCUUGGGGGUUAAAGGUUACCCUGAGGUCAAGAAGAUGCUGGAAGAGGUGUUGGGGGUGAAUCAGGAACAAGAAGAGGUCAGUUCUUUCAAAGACACUUUAGAUGUUCCUCAUCUCAAAACAGAGACCGACUCCUCAGAAAACUCUGCUGACAUCAAGCCGAGUGACCUGGAAAACCCCUCUGAGCAGAUCCCAGAAGAACUAGAGACCCCCAAGCCUGUCAGUGCCGACGAACCUCUGAGAUCUAACUCAGAACUACGCAUGGAUACUGUCACUGUUAACGAUGCAAUGUGCAAAGUUAGCACCGAAUCCAUGCACUUUAGUGCAGAGAAUGCAGGUAUCUUAGAGGACCUAAAAUCUGAAAUUACGAACACGGAGGUUUCAUGUGAACAGACUAAAUCAACACCAGAGCUGUGUCAGCACUCAUUACAGUCCCAAACCAGCGGACACCCGCCAAAGCCUCAGACGGGCCUGACGUGCCUCGCCGCAGCCCACAGAAAAGCGCGCCUGAGCCGAAAGCGCUCUCGCUCUGAGAGUGACAGCGAGAUGCUCCAGCCUCUGCCCAUCACCAGCCUCAUCCAGGGGCCAUCGGUAGCGGCCACAGCUCCACCGAAAACAGCAUUUGAACCGAAAGCACCCUCACCGCCUGCUGUCGUGGUCACUAACGGAGGUGUUUUGAAGGUCAACAGGGCCGUGCUGGAUUCAACUAAAAAUAUCCAGAUAAACACAGACCUUGCUAAUAAGAAAGUUCAGGCCAAGUCUAAAGUGGCCAUCCCGAAGGCGAAAGGCAAGGCAAAGGACAGGCUGCUCUCGGCUAGCGUGUUACCAGGCCAGCCUCCUAAAGUCGUAUACAAAAAGACGCAAGAGAAAAAAGGCUGCAAGUGUGGGCGAGCCACCCAGAAUCCAAGUGUUCUUACCUGCAGGGGUCAAAGGUGCCCCUGCUACUCCAACCGUAAGGCCUGUUUGGACUGCAUCUGCAGGGGCUGCCAGAACUCGUACAUGGCCAACGGCGAGAAGAAGCUGGAGGCUUUCGCGGUGCCUGAAAAAGCCCUGGAGCAGACCAGGCUCACUCUCGGCAUCAACCUCACCAGUAUUUCGGUCAGAAACGCUGGCACGAACCCUGCCGGGGUCCUCAGCCUGUCCGCCGGCUCGCCUAUGGCCUCUUUCCUCUCGUCCAGCGCCGACGAGGACCAGAGUUUUGAAGAUGCUCUCGAGAUGCAUUUUGACUGUUGAUAGCUGUCCUGCUACUGACAUCUCUCUUAGCCGUGGACGAUUCGAACAGAAAUUGUUUGCCAAAACUCUUGUCUGUAGUUUUUCAUGUUCAACCUCUACCGUCAAACACACGCACACACUGCUGUAAUAGAAAGUUACUGUGAAGCUGAGCGUUAUGGCAUAUUUUGUUUUUAUUUUGAAGGAACUGUAUGCUUCUGCAUGACUGUUAUAGUCACAAUGAACUAAGGAUUUGAUAAACAUCUGUUAUUUUUCUUUAAAUGUUCAAUGACCCAAACCUUAAAAUGAAUUUCAUCGGUAUUUGUGAUACAUUUGUCUGCUAACACGUAUGGCACAUUAUAAACUGUCCCAAAGCUAUUCAAGGAUUAACGUUUGUUUACAUUCUGUGGUGACUUUUUUUUUUUUUUCUCAAAUUUAUUUUAAAAUAUAUAUAAAUAUGUAUAUUGCUUCUAAACAUUCAUUGAAGGUAAAAUUAUUCACAGCUUUCUGUAAUGUCUGUUUAACGUCAGAUAAAAUCAUUUGCUUAUGGUGGAAAAUGUAGCACUUAGUCCCAAUAGUGUUAAUGGGUUUAGACACCUUUUCUGGUUGCUGUAGUGAUCAGUUCCUGUGUCAUCCACGACUCUCUUUUAUAGAACUGGGGUGUCCCUUCAGGAUAUUGAAUUAUUUUAUUAUUUUUUGUUAAAUAGAUGGUUUCUUAUUUUUCUGAACAGAAAGUAGUGCUAUGUCACUUUUUUAUUCGUCAUGUUCAAAAUUUGAAAGAAAGACGUUCAAAUUCCAUGUUUGUCAGCGGUUUUAUAAGGAUAAUGAAGCACAAAUAUGUCAUAACAGCUGUUUCUCCAGCUUAAUUUUGUCCUCAUUAUUGUUCAUUGUUAGUUCAGACUGAGCUGGCUGUGUCAUCAGUAGAAUAAUCGACAAAGAUUUCUGAAUGUAAGAGUGUUCAGUGUGUUACCUGAGAAUGUAUUCAUGGCAGUGAUAUUUUUAAAGCAAUAUGAGUAUCAAAAUGAUAGAUUACCAUUUUUUUAAACCGUUUCCCCACACGAAGGCAUCAUAUUUGUUUUGAUGCAGACUGUAAAGGAGUAUUUCAAAAUGUUAUGUUCUUUAAAAGUAUGCCUGAGCACCUUUUAGCACCCAUUGAUGCCUCUUUACUCUGAUCUUGAUUAGUUGUGUUUGUCUUGCAGUUGUGUUGUGAUUCCUGUUUUAGGGACCAAAACUAGAAAUGUGUGUUGAGAAAGGUCAGUGAACACAUCUUUACUGUUACACUGCGCCGUUUCAUGUCUUAUAUAAUGAAGCAGGGUAGACAGUGCUUCAUCUGUGUACUUAAAUAUGCUUGAAAACACUAUCAGUAGGGCUUUGACCAAAUAUUGAAAAUCUUCUUAGUUGAGUCUUGGAUCUUAGUGUGAUAUUGUGUUGUAUUUUCAAACCUUAUAGUUUGGUAGUGUUGUUUUAUUCCUCCUUUUUCUUUUCAAUGGUCAUUACUUGAACUCAGAUUUUAGUUUCUUGAUUUUUUUUGAAUUACUGGAGAACCUCUUAUUAUUGCUGGUUUAUUCACUGCCACAAUGAAAUAAUGAAAAUUGCAGAAAGCAACAAAAAUAAAUUAUAGUUUUUUAUUUCUGGUUUUUCAAAA